UCACGUGACGCCAGUGUUCUGUUCCCGGAGGGAGUUGGAUCCUGACCUCGGGCGUUGCCUGUGUGGAACCUUGGUCCCGUGCGGGUGAUUGACAGGUCGCUGGUGCAGAGCAGAGGGCGAUGCCGGGCAUCAAAGGGCAGCAGGAGCGCAGCAGGCCGAAGCUGGACGUUCUGCUGUUGAAACGAUUCCUGCGGAUCCAGGCCAUCCUCUUCCCGUCAUGGUCGUCGCAGAGUGUGCUGAUGUUCGCCACGCUGCUCUCUGUAGCAUUGCUGGAGCAGCUGGUGGUUUACCAGGUGGGGAUUGUCCCCAGCCGCUUCUUCAAAGUUCUGGGCAGCAAGGACCUGGUUGGUUUUAGAGACCUGACCUCCGUAGCCAUCUGCCUCAUCGUGGCCAACUCUCUGCUGAAGAGUUUUGACCAAUACAUCUCGAACCUGAUGUACAUCAGAUGGAGGAAGAGCCUGACCCAGACACUGCACCGGAUCUACUUCAGGAGGAAGGUCUACUACACACUGAACGUUCUCCACACCAGCCUGGACAACCCCGACCAGCGCAUCAGCCAGGACGUGGAGAGGUUCUGCCGAGGGAUGAGCACGAUGGCCACCAACCUCAUCAUCUCACCCUUCACCCUGACCUACUACACCUACCAGUGCUUUUACAGUACGGGCUGGCUGGGCCCCGUCACCAUCUUCAUAUACUUCAUCAUCGGCUCCGUGGUCAACAGGGCUCUGAUGGGGCCCAUUAUCCCAACCCUCGUACAACAGGAGAAGCUGGAGGGAGACUUCCGAUUCAAACACAUGCAGGUCCGUGUCAACGCCGAGUCAGCAGCUUUCUACCGAGCAGGACGGGUGGAGCAGAUGCGAACAGACCGGAUACUCCAGGAGCUGCUUCGUACACAGGGGAGGCUGGUGACCAGGGAACUGCGGCUCUACAUCGGAGUGAACAUCUUCAACUACCUGGGCAGCAUCGUCAGCUACUUGGCCAUAGCCAUCCCCAUCUUUGCCGGCCGCUACGACGGUCUUGCCCCGGCUGAUCUGAUUGAGCUCAUCAGCAAGAAUGCCUUUGUGUCCAUCUACCUCAUCAACUGUUUCAGCCGUCUCAUCGACCUCUCGACCACUGUCUCUGAGCUUGCCGGCUACACACACAGAAUCGGGGAACUGCAGGAGGCGAUCGGCCGUCUCUCCGCAUCACGCGGCAGGCGCGGAGCCUCCACGCUCGAAGACCCGCCCGCGUCGCAUGAGAGCGGCUUGGAUUCGUCGGAGGAGGAGGGAGAGAUGGAUGGGCAGGGGCAGUCUGACCACACUGCUUUCAUCCUGGAGGGGGUUUCCUUCACCGCCCCCUGGUCUGAGGAGUUGUUGGUGAAGAACCUGACCCUGAAGAUCACGUCGGGACAAAGCCUCCUGAUCAUCGGCAACACAGGCACCGGGAAGACCACUCUGCUCCGGGUCCUGAACGGAUUAAGGGAGAUUACUCAGGGCUCUCUCCGCAUGGCCACCUGCUUUGGGCCUCGAGGGGUUCUCUUCCUCCCACAGAGGCCCUACUUCACUGACGGGACCCUCAGGGAACAGGUGAUUUACCCUCUGAAGGAAAUCUACCCUCUUUCAGGGUCAGCCGAUGACAAAAGAAUUCUCCACUUCUUGGAGGCCACCGGCUUGGGGCCUCUGCUGAAGAGGACGGGCGGGCUGGAUGAGAUAGUUGGUUGGAACUGGUACGACGUGCUGUCUCCGGGAGAGAUGCAGCGGCUCACCUUCGCCAGGCUCUUCUAUCACCAGCCGGAGUUUGCAGUGUUAGACGAAGCCACGAGUGCCCUGACUGAAGAGACGGAAGCGGAGCUGUACCACAUCUGUACACAUCUGGGGAUGACUGUGGUCAGCGUGGGACAUCGCAGCAGCUUGGAGAAGUACCAUGACUCAGUGUUGCAUCUACUGGGAGAUGGGAAAUGGGAGCUGAGUGCAGUCCAGCACCACACCUGAUCUCCUCCAGGGACAGGCUCCUCAUCCCCACUCGUGGAAGCCCAGGAUGAAACCUCUGCCCCAGCUAUCCCCUUCGACAUUGUGAUUAACUCUGAUUGCUUUCACAUCGGUGGCACGGAACAACUGAGAAUGGCCCUGGGAUCUCAAGCACGUCUUGCUCCGUAGCUCGAAGGACAAUAUCGUGCAAACUUUACAAUCCAAGACCAUCUCGGAUCAGCUCCUUCCGAAUGUCCACGCAAGGAACUGCAGAUGCCGGACUCUUGCGUAGAACAAAAAGCGCUGGAGUAACGCAGCGGGUCAGGCGGCAGCUCUGGAGAAAAGGCAUAGGUGACGUUUCGGGUCAGAACUCUUCUUCAUUCUGCUGGACACAAAGUGGUGGAGUAACUGAGCUGGUCAGGCAGCAUCUCUGCAGAACCUGGGAAGGUGACUAUUGCGCCAGGACCCUUUGGUUUAGUUUAGUUUAGAUAUCUGGAACAGAAACGAGCCCUUCGGCCCACCGAGACCAUGCC